AUGGUUCAGGUGCUCAUAAUAAACACACUAUAACAACUGUUCUAAGAUCAGCCUAUAAGGGUGGUUGGAGAGUAGGGUACCCAAAAGGCAAAAUUUGGCAUGGGACAUCAUAAUAACGUGAUUUUCUGGUUGAUGCAGCUAGUAUACAAAACAUUAGGAACACCUUCCUAAACCCUCAGAACAGCCUCAAUUCGUUGAGGUAUGGACUCUACAAUUGUUUUUUAAAUGAAAGCAUUCCACAGUUGUGUCAAGUUGGCUGGAUGUUCUUUGGGUAGUGGACCAUUGUUGCUACACACGGGAAACUGUUGAGCGUGAAAAACCCAGGAGCAUUGCAGUUCUUGACCCAAACCGGUGUGCCUGGCACCUACUACCAUACCCCGUUCCAAGGCACUUAAAUCUUUUGUCUUGCCCAUUCACCCUCUGAAUGGCACACAUAUACAAUCCAUGUCUCAAUUGUCUCAAUGCUUAGAAAUCCGUCUUUAACCUGUCUCCUCCACUACACUGACUGAAGUGAAUUUAACAAGUGACAUCAAUAAGGGAUCAUAGCUGCCAUGGAAAGAGCAGGUGUUCUUAAUGUUUUGUAUACUCAGUGUACCUCUACCGGAUGGAAACUACAAGUGUAAUGGCUGUUCUCAAUGCAAUGGCACUUACAAUUGUAGAUCCUUCAAACACCCCCAAACAGGGAAACAGAUCCUAAUCAAAGGUGUUAUCAUGUGCUCCACUAAGGCAGUUAUUUAUCUUAUAACUUGUCCUUGUGGUAAGAAUUAUGUGGGUAAAACGAAGCGCAAAUUAAAAGUACGAAUCUCGGAGCAUCGUAGCACCAUUAGGUGCAAAAACUCAACGUACCCAGUUGCGGCCCACAUUUUGGAAGCGAACCACUCGAUUUCGUCCCUACGUUAUAUCGGCAUCGAACACUUCCCCCUCCCUAGGAGAGGGGGUGACCUCGACAAUUUAUUGUUAAAAUGAGAGGCUGCCUGGAUCUUUAAUUUAAAGACCCUUGCUCCCUUCGGUCUCAACGUAGACUUUGAUCUGAAGCAAGCAAGCAAGUUUAUUUAUAUAGCACAAUUCAUACAUCGAAGCAAUUCAAUGUGCUUUACAAAGAUGUUUAUCAAAAAUAAUGAAAACAUCAUAAUAAUAAAAAUACAAUAAAAAAAUAAAAAUAAAAAAUAAAAAUGGGAUAAAAACAUAGGAAGCUAUGAGGCUAAACAGUGUGGUUAAGUUUAAGUGCUCAGUCGUAGGCACGUGAAAAGAGAAGUGUUUUUAACCUGGAUUUAAAAAUGGAUACGUUUGGGGCACAUCUAAGAUCUUCUGGUAGUUUAUUCCAGUUGUGUACAGCAUCAGUGCUAAACACAGCUUCUCCAUGUUUAGUUUGGGCUCUGGGCUCUACUAGCUGACCUGUGUUCAUGGAUCUAAGAGCCCUGCUCGGUUUAUAUUCUUCAAACAUAUCAGACAUGUACUCAGGUCCUAAACCAUUCAAAGAUUUAUAAACUAAAAGCACAGUGACACAGAGAGUCUAUUGAGCUGUUGUCAUAUGGUUCGAGAGCCAUAUAUAUUUGAGUAUCAUCAGCAUAGCUGUGGUAGUUAAUGUUGUUGUUCUGUAAAAUUUGGCCCAGAGGUAGCAUAUAGAGAUUAAACAGAAUCGGUCCGAGAACUGAUCCCUGUGGAACUCCGCAUGUCAUAGCCACCCUAUCAGAUUCAUGAUUACCAAUGGUGACAAAGUAACUCCGGCCAUCUAGAUAAGAUCUAAACCAAUCAAGGACUGUCCCGGAGAGUCCUACCCACUUUUCCAGCCUAUCUAUAAGUGUUCCAUGAUCGACAGUGUCAAAUGCUGCACUGAGAUCUAAUAGAACCAGAACUGUUACUAUCAGAAUCAGUAUUCAGCCGUAUAUCAUUUAAAACUUUAAUAAGGGCCGUUUCAGUACUGUGGUGAGGUCGGAAACCUGACUGAAAUUUGUCUAAGAGACCGCAUGAGGUCACAAAAUUGCUGAGUUGAUUGAAGACAACCUUCUCAAUGAUCUUGGCUAUAAAAGGGAUAUUUGAUACAGGUCUAUAGUUGUUCAUUAUAGAUGCAUACAGUGUUCUCUUUUUAAUAGAGGCUUAAUGGCAGCUGUUUUUAGAGACGUUGGGAAAAUGCCUGAUUGCAGAGAGCUAUUAACUAUUUGCUGUAAGUCCAUUGUUAUAGAGUUAAAAAUUGUUUAAAAAAAUGUCUGAUGGCAGUGUGUCGAGACAGCAAGUGGAAGCUUUAAGAUGUUGAACUGUUUCUUCUAGGGAUUAUUGAUCAAUUGUAUUAAAAUGUGUUCUUGAGUGUGUGUGCGCUCUUUCACAUGUUGAGUGAGAUCAAAAGUGUCAAGUAGUGCAAAAAGUUAUUUGGCAUUAUGAUAUAGAAAUUAAAAUAUAUACAGGUUAAAAGUUAUGACUAAAUGUUCCACCCUUAAAUAUAGUUGUGAAAUGUUCUUGUUUUAAGUAUGAUUAGUACUUUCUUAGUAGUGACUAAUUAUUACACUCCGAAACUGUGUGAGAUGUGUUAGAAUAUACUACCUGGUAAUGUGUGAGUGUAGGACCAGUAAAGAUUAUGACAUUGUGCUACUAUUUAGCAAUGUGAGUAAGAGUUAGGCCAGACAACAAAGGACAGGGAGAACUGUCUACAGGCAACUGAGAAACCAAGAUAACUGAGGAAUUUAGGGAGGAGAAAAACUGUUAGGCUUGGAAGAGUGUGUGUGUGUGUGUGUGUGUGUGUGUGUGUGUGUGUGUGUGUGUGUGUGUGUGGUGUGUGUGUGUGUGUGUGUGUGUGUACUGAUGGUCAGGAGAGCAGUUUUAAAGUGGAAAACUACAGCCCGCCUACAGAGAGGAGGGAUUUUCGUAUGACGUGUGCAAAUAAGAAUAUUGUAUGACCAUUUUGUGGCAGAAUUCUCAAUGAAUAAAUCUCUGACUAUGCAGACCGGGACUCUGUCCGUUUCUUGAUUUUGGGAGACGCACAGAGACACUGAAAUAGUUUGUUAAAUAAUUCACAUAACAGCUUGGUCCUUCUGAGCCGGAAUCCAAUACCUGCCUCUGUCAUUCCAGGUAACUCUGAAAACUGUCGACGGGCGAUUGAUACAUUCGUAAAUAGAAAGUCCUGCCCUUUGACAUUAAGGGUUAAGACAGGCCAGAGGACACCUGAUUAAUGACAGAGACGGUGACGGAAUCCAAACCUACAUUGAAUCUCGGCUGCAAGGAUAAGGUCAGUAGUCUUUAUUCAUUACUUGGUGAAAUUGAUUUGAGAACUUGCUAAAAUAUAGACUGAGGGUAACGUCAUAAUUUAAAGUAGCAAAUUGAUCAAUGCGUAGCCAUUUUAAGGUAGGCAAUUUUAGGUUGUAGCCGGUAGCCGAUUUAAGGUUGUAGCCAAUUUAAGGUUGGUGGGUCCGUAACGAUUCACGGUAAUAGGCCAUUAUCAAAAGAAACUACCUGUAUUCAGAGAACCUGUAGUAGAUUAUAGAACAGUAAUGUUCAACAAAUAAUCCGGGUUGGGGAAAUACAGUGAAAGUAAUGUGUGAAGAGAAGGUUAAGAUAGAGUAGGUAUGCUCAUCUCGUACGGGUGAAUGGUUAGCUUGAGCGGCUGUGAGUCAUUCAGUGAUUCAUUUAAGCACGAGUGGCUGCUUAUCUGUGUGGGUGAUCAGACAACAAAAAUAAAUCCUGUAAAUAAUAGCCUUUUCUUUGUGGAGAAAGUGUAAGGAAAGGGACUAUAUUUAAGGUCGUUUGAAGCUUCUAAAAGCUGGUGGAGAAAGGGCUUGCCCAAUCUCGCAUUAGGAAAGAGAAUAAUUAAUGUUAUGUGGAUAUACAUUUACCAACUGAGUGGAAAAUUCACAUUACUAGGAGGGGUAUGAGGAAUCCUGUUGGAGGAACAGGUCACGUGUACCGGUGUGAUCAUAUGACGUCUAUGCAUUGUAUUUUGGUCAAUCUUUCAGGGUGUGUUUUGGACAUUAUAUUUGGAAACUUUAGAGGUGAUGUAGGAUUGUAAUAAAAUUGACUACAGUAAAAUAAUAACUGGGAUAGGGUUAACAUUCCAAAUUUGGACCCUUUGAUAGAAUAAAAUAUUCCUGUACGUUGUACAAAUAGUAAUUAAGCGCGUUUGAGAACAACAUUGUGUGAAUGUGGAAUGAGAGUGGUAUAAUGGUAUAAAUGAGUCGCACUCUGAAGUUUGAAUGAUGAGAUAUAGAGGUGUGUAUGACAAUUGUAUAUAAGUUUGAAUAAUAAGCUUUUCAUGUAAUGAUAUCUUGGAGUUUCGUACAACACUGCCUGUCAAUAGAAUACAAGAUUUAUGGAGUCCAGGGAUAGAAUAAAUCUCCAUUAUGUGACCAGGUGGAGGGAGAGGUACAGUGGGGGAAAAAAGUAUUUAGUCAGCCACCAAUUGUGCAAGUUCUCCCACUUAAAAAGAUGAGAGAGGCCUGUAAUUUUCAUCAUAGGUACACGUCAACUAUGACAGACAAAAUGAGGAAAAAUAAUCCAGAAAAUCACAUUGUAGGAUUUUUAAUGAAUUUAUUUGCAAAUUAUGGUGGAAAAUAAGUAUAAGGCCACUCAAUAACAAAAUUUUCUCAAUACUUUGUUAUAUACCCUUUGUUGGCAAUGACACAGGUCAAACGUUUUCUGUAAUUCUUCACAAGGUUUUCACACACUGUUGCUGGUAUUUUGGCCCAUUCCUCCAUGCAGAUCUCCUCUAGAGCAGUGAUGUUUUGGGGCUGUCGCUGGGCAACACAGACUUUCAACUCCCUCCAAAGAUUUUCUAUGGGGUUGAGAUCUGGAGACUGGCUAGGCCACUCCAGGACCUUGAAAUGCUUCUUACGAAGCCACUCCUUCGUUGCCCGGGCAACGAAGGAGUGACGUUGUGUCUGUUGCCUCACACAGACACAACGUCACCUCAACAUCUGUCUCUCAUCAUGGCAUGUACAGACUCUAAGUCCCAAAUGGCACUCCCUUUGACCAACGCAUAUAGACCCAUGGGGCUCUGGUCAAAGGGAGUGUAGUAUGUAGGGAUUAGGGUGCCAUUUGGGACUGUCUUAAAGAAUGUCACUGUCAUAAACAUCCAACCUGUAUUGACUCACUGUUGCCGUAGCUAAACCUGCAUUGACUCACUGUGGCCGUAGCUAAACCUGUAUUGACUCACUGUGGCCGUAGCUAAACCUGCAUUGACUCACUGUGGCCGUAGCUAAACCUGCAUUGACUCACUGUGGCUGUAGUUGCUAACAGGGUGUAGUAACAUCAGUCAGUGGUGUGUUUUCUGUUCUCUUCAGAUAAACAGAGAGCUCUGGUGGUGUUGAACAAACCAGUCUGGCAGCAGCGGUACAGUACAAAUUACAGGCCUCUCUCAUCUUUUUAAGUGGGAGAACUUGCACAAUUGGUGGCUGACUAAAUACUUUUUUUCCCCACUGUAUGGUUUUGAGGGACGUCUGGACGCAGACAAACUCGAAUCCAUGGUAAAACAGAUGCAGAAGGUGUGUAAAGGUAUGAGUCAGGAGAUGAGAGAGUAGGAGGGGGCCAGUACCCACUGAUAGCCUUACCUUAUCUAUUGGCAGGGAAUGAAGGGGCCCCAGCAACCUUAGAUGUAUACAGUAAUAAUAAUAAUAAUAUGCCAUUUAGCAGACAUGCCAUGAACACAGAGGACGUGGCCAGAGCGGUAGAAGGAAUGACCCACCCCAAAACAGGAAUAGUAAGGUUUGGGCUGCCGUUAGAGGGCAGUGGGUUUCAGGGGAUGCCCAGAGGGCACUUUUGCCAUGGGCCGAUCACGGAGAGUAUGUUGGGAAAAUAACUGAAUUGUGUAAUAGCCUCAGAGAACAUUACCAUCGUCAUGCAGACUUCUCUAAAGCACAUGAGUGUAAACAAGAGGAUAGUGAGACUGUCAGCCAGUACUUAGAGAGAGUUAAAGAUGUGUUUAACGCAAACAGUGGCAUACCCGAGCCAGACCAGAGACAGGGGAAUGAUACGCCCUACCAUCAGCAAUUAAAAAUAUAGCGUUCCUCAGUGGAAUGAGACCACAGAUAAGCAGGACCAUUACAAAUAUUUUGAUAGGGUGGAGAAUGGCACAGCAACACUGAUUGAGGUGAAAAAAAGAUGCAGUUUACCAAGAGCAGAUUGGGAGAGAAAAAGAGGAGUAAGAGAGACCUUAAGGGAGUGCCAACUCUCGGGGAGAUAGUGAGGCCAGAAACAAAGGGGCAGUGUCCUGGAAAUCACAGUCUGUUUUUUUUUUUUUCAGUUCUGCUGGGAGUAUAUUUGAUGGUGGGGAUUUGUGUUGAAUGAGAGGCUAGAGACUUCAUAAAAUAAUAAUUGGAAUAAUAAUUAUAUAUUAACUUGCUCACCCAAACGUAGACAUACGUCAUGGGUGAGACAUAAUUAAUAUAAUAUUGUACAAAGCCAAUUUAGGGUUUCCAUUAAGGAACGUCAAUCACUACAUUGGAUAUUAAUACUAUGGAGAUAAAUUCAAUAUAUUCUGGUCAACUACGGCAUGUGUUAUUUGUAGCCUACUUAGAAAGGACAGUUACCUACAGUAUAUCUGCUGUAUUCUAAACAAUGACAGAUUGGGGGUUUCAUAAGAGGUGGCUAUAAUUUUAGUUGAUAACAGAGUUAAUUAGAUUUGAGAAAUGUUGAAAAGUAAUGUUAGAUGGAAAGUCAGCAACAGAGGAUAGAGAUUGUACAGGGUUUCCUGUGUGAAAAAAAUAAUAGAAAUUGGGUGAUGAGAAAUGUUGAAUUGCAUUGUUUAAGCAAGAAUGCUAUUAAAUUCAUGCUUUCUAGUUAUGUGUAUGCAAAUAUGUUAUUCGUUUUUGGUGGUGUGUGGAUAGAAUUUACUAAUGCCAGGAUUUAGUAAACGAAGCAGAGAGAUGUAGUGAGAGCAGUGGAAGGGAUACCCCACCCUAAGACGGGGGUACACCAGUUCAGAAGAGAUAUGGAAGGGCUGACCGCCAGCUUCAAGCUGAAUACAGGGGAACUAGAGAGGGCAGUCAGACAUAGUGUUGAAGGACUGGGCGGCAGUAAGGGGAAACUGGGUUCCCGGGGAUGGGAAUGCACAGGUCCUAGAGUGGGCAGAAGGAGGGGAGAUAAAUUGGCACAACUCUGUGAUAAUCUGAGAGAAUAUUAUCACAGACAUGCCGACUUCUCCAAAGUCCAUGAGUGUAAACAGGGAGACAGUGAGACUAUUAGUCAAUACCUAGGAGAGAAGAGAGGUUACGGUAGCAAAGACAGACAAGAAGGAAACGGUAAUAGUGGAGACAGGAGUGAGUGGAAGUGUUACAAUUGUGACAAAACGGGACAUUUUGCUAGAGAAUGUGAGGAACCGUGUAGUUACUGUGCAAGGAAAGGGCACCAGUUAAGAAACUGUAGGCAGAAGGGGAAGAGAGAAAUCAGGAGUCCUCAUGACCUGGCUAUUUUGGUUUGUUGUUUUUUAAUUGGGGUUUUCAAAUUAAAAACAACACACCUAGUAUGCUGUUUAAACAGCCUUGUUAUUUAGAUUUUAGGGGGUUUUCAACAGGUCAAAGGUGAUAAGUCUUAAAGGAGCACACACAGUGAAUUUUAUGGAGUUUUUCGGUUUUGACUGAGUUUAAGGUAUGCAUGAUUUCUUAUGAGAAUAAAUGUCAUGAGGACUUAAUGAACACUUGGGAUAAGUAACAUUUAUGAAAUAUUUUGAAUCAUGGUAAUGUUUAGUAUACUAUGGGAUGGAACAGUUCGUUGAAUGAUUUCAAUUGCCUCUGAACUCUGUUUUGACUUUCUGGUGUUAAUUAGUCAUCCACACUGGUAAUUCUAAAGGCAUGAGAGGAGGACUUUAAGAUAGUUUAUUUUACCAAGUUGAGGGUAAUUUAUAGUACUGUGAAAAGUGUGAAGAAGAUUAUAAUUUGUAAUAAUAUAUAUGAUUUGAACCAUAAAAUAACAGAAGAGAGAGAGAGCUUUCCCUGAAUGAGGGAUACCUGUUGCUAGUCAAUUGUACAAAUCUUGGAUUACUUUUACGGGAUAGAAGUAAGUUGAGGUAUUAUCAAAUGUUGUAAUUUAAAUUUCAUUUUUAUUAUGCUUUAAUAAACAACAAGUUGGUAUUUGAAACUACAUUAAUGGAAUGAGCUCCAGUAAUCAGAGGAAGGCACAAUCUAAUACGAAACAGCUAUUACCUAGAUCAUUGAUUUAGUAAUGAGAUCAGGAAGAUAGUACUAAUAGGAAGCUGGAUAGGAGAAUUUAGGAUAGGGACUAGCUGUCCAGAAAUAGAUGAAGGAUGAUAAAUUACCAAUAUUACCUACGUGAUUGUUUAGGUAGGUGGUAAUAUUGACACAUGGGCAGUGACAUGUGUCAAGAGGGGGGAUGAUGGUAGAUGGUAGGAUUAAAGAUCAAUAGUCGAAGGAGAGGACUAAAUACUUUUUUUUAAUUAAUAUUUUUAGAUACAGUCUAGAAAGAGAAUACUAAUGUGAACUGUAUGAUUAGAGAGGGGUUAAGGAAAACACACAGGAGAGCAGGAAGAAAUGGGGUACAAUGUAUACCGAUAGUAUUAACUACAAUCAGGAGAACUCCAUAUAAAGAUGGGUUAUUGCCAUUGGAGAAGGGAUUUGGUAGACCAUACAGAAUGCCCGAGUUAGGAGGACCGGAGCAGGCAGAAAUAGAAAUUGAGAGCACCCUAGCAGAACACGUGAGAAGGUAGUUUAUUAACCACACCUGUAUGUCAGAGGUUUUGUGCCCCACAGGUGAACUAAAGGAGAAGGUGACACACUCUUUCUAACCAGGUGACUGGGUGUGGAUCCAAUCCUUAAAGAAGAAAAACUGGAAGCAGCCCCGUUGGUAAGGUCCAUAUCAGGUCCUGUUGGUGAUGGCCUUCGCUGUAAGAAUUGCGGAAAGAUCCACCUGGGUGCAUGUCACACACUGUAAAAAGGUAAACCCAGCUACACCUGACGAACAAACACAGAGUUAGGAGAAAGAACCGAUCACCACUAGGGCUCGGGGGUUGGCUCCUUAACGAAGAUUCCCUUACCCUGUCUGAUCAUCCCUGUGUGAGUUCAAUAGAAGGUAAAGCAAUGGGUUGGCCUCUGGCGUCUGACAUGUUCUCAGGGCGAGGGUGGGGAUUCACAGGUCUCCUGAUGGUAGGUAGCUGUCUGACGUGUGUCUGUUUAGGAGUCCCAGCGACAGAGACGGCAUGGCAGAAGAGGCGAAGAGACUAGCAGGCUACGCUGCGGUGGAUAACCAUGUUCAGAACAACCAGGUAGUUGGAGUGGGCAGUGGAUCCACCAUCGUGUAUGCUGUAGACAGACUAGCGGAGAGAGUUCGUCAGGAGAAGCUCAACAUAGUGUGUGUCCCCACCUCCUUCCAGGCUCGUCAGUUGAUUCUGCAGCGUGGUCUGACCCUGUCUGAUCUGGAUAGAAACCCAGAGCUGGACGUGGCCAUUGACGGGGCAGACGAGGUGGAUGCAGCUCUCACACUCAUCAAAGGAGGAGGAGGCUGUCUGACUCAGGAGAAGAUCGUAGCCGGCUGCGCCAAACACUUCAUCGUCAUCGCUGACUUUAAGAAGGACUCCUUGGCCCUGGGCCAGCAGUGGAAGAAGGGUGUUCCUAUAGAAGUGAUCCCUAUGGCCUACAUCCCUGUAUCCAGGGCUAUAGCCAAGCGGUUCGGAGGGGAGGCAGUGCUCCGCAUGGCCAUCAGUAAAGCUGGUCCGGUGGUAACAGACAACAGUAACUUCCUUCUGGACUGGAAGUUUGAACACACUCACAACUGGAAGGAGGUUAAUACAGCUAUAAAGAUGAUACCAGGUGUGGUAGAGACAGGUCUGUUUGUGGGGAUGACAGAGAGGGUGUACUUUGGGAUGGAGGAUGGUAGUGUUCGUAUCAGAGACCCCCCAGUCAACUGA